AUGACCGAAAAGCAAGCCCGAGAAAUUUUAAAUACGAUCAAUAAUGGCAAGUUCUUAAUAAGGAUAAAAUUCAUUCAAGAUGAUUCUGUAUAUGGAGAUGAACAUCAAACAAAGAUAGCUUUUAAAAUUAUUGAUAAAUAUGAGCCUAUUCGUGAAUCAAAAAAGGUUGGCAGAAAAUAUGCCAAAGGGGGUCCAAAUGUCAUACUUACAAAGAAAAUGAAACUAGGCUUUUGGGUAGGAAUAGACAAAAAAUUUCUAGUUAGAGAAGUCAGUAAGCAAUCUGAAGUAGAAAGACUUGAAAGCAAUACAGUAGUUUAUGAAUUGUAUCGAAUCCGAAAACCAGAUAUUAAUCGAUUAAUGCCUAUAAAAGAUGGAGUACUUAAUUGUGUAGCUCAACGAGUAGUAGAACAUUUUGAUCAAGCCAAGAGAGGACAUGGGCUUACAAAUAUUUAUUGGCAAAAAAUCGAUACAUGGAAGAAAAAAAUGCGAAUUCCCGGUGCUCGAGUACAAGAUGUGGCAGACUUAGAAAAAAUUUUUAAACGACCGAUUAAAUUACUUGAUAUAACUCAUAGUACUAUAUUUAAUAGUGGAAAGUAUCAAUCAGAUCGAAUGGUUGAAUAUUACAAGGAUGAUACAUGGGAAGCUAUCAGUAAUGCCCUCAGGGAACCUCAAGCAAUCUGGCUUAUGGGAAAAGGAAUAAUCAAUGAGAAAAAGAAAUUGAUUCUUUCAGAGUCUCUAAAAGUUGUUGAUUUAGCGGAGCAGAUAUUUGGUGCAAACUAUGCUAAAAGCCGACUCGCUAAUGAAAUCAAUGAAUGGCAUCCAAUAUCUGGAAAAAUAAAUGAUGUUAUAAGACAGGCUUGUGUCGAGCAUAGGCAUGCAAGUAUGCAAGGUCAAGGAGAAUAUGCACCAUGGUUUAAUCGAUUUAGACAUCCAACACAUCACCUUGUCCGAGUAGCAGUAAAUAGAAAAUUACCGAAAGAUGAUAUUACUGGAUUUGCACAGAUAAGAUCCUUUAAGUUUGCUCCUAAUAUAUAUCCAGUAAUUCCAGUCUGGUAUGGAAAACAUUUUGCAAGUCAAAAUGGGAAAGGGUGUGUAAAAAGUAAAGAAUGGGCUCUAAUAGUAUUGUUACAAUAUCUUCUUGAGACAGGAAUUCUAGAAGACUUAACUAUUAGAGAAGUGAUCAUUUCUCUUACUCAGCAGACUAAAGUAUGGUUACCAGAAAAUCGAGAUAUUAGUUGUGCAAUUAUAGAUAAGUUUACACAAGGUGGCAAGAUUGAUGAAAAACGCCUUACUCAUCGACUUGUAACAGAUGAAGGUAAGCUUGAUUUCUUGAUCAAAGAUUGUACUGAUGCUAGAACUUUUGCCAGAAGAGAAAAAUGUCUACUCGGAUUCAUACUUAUAUAUUACGAGGGACAUCAAUCUCAAUAUACACAUUUGCGGACCUCAAUAGAUGCUUCAAGAUUUGAUCCUAAUGAAGUAGUAAGGAUUGCUACAGAUUCUAUAUAUGUACAAAAAGAGGCUUUAUAUAAGAUCGAAAAUAUACCAGCAUUCUUCAAGCAAGUUGAG